AGAUAAGUGGAAAACCUGCUGUUGAAAUAAGUGAGAUUAUACAAGAACGAACCUGGACGUCCUACCGUCUGCAUUCAUUUACCUCUCACAAUUUAGUCCACGCCCCGCCCGUAUAUUAUUGUUGCGUAUAUAAAUACAAUGCUCAAAUCUGAAUACUACCUAUUCUCCGUCUCAAUCUGCAUCUUCUCUUUUCCCAGAUUCGACCAAUCUAUCGAUCAAUUCUAUAUAUCUAUACAUACACUUUUUUACUAGAGAGAGAGAGAGAGAGAGAGUUGAAGUAAAAAUGGAAAGUGGGUCGAAGAAGAAGAGUUCACAGAAGAGAGAAAGGGAUCUCUUUCAUGUAAUUCACAAAGUUCCUUGUGGUGAUGGGCCUUAUGUCCGAGCAAAACAUGCUCAGUUAGUUGAGAAGGAUCCAGAGGGAGCUAUAGUGUGGUUCUGGAAAGCAAUAAAUGCAGGAGAUAGAGUGGAGAGCGCCCUCAAAGAUAUGGCUGUGGUGAUGAAGCAACUCGACAGACCUCAAGAGGCAAUAGAGGCCAUCAAAUCCUUUCGACCCCUUUGCCCCAGAAAUUCCCAGGAAUCACUUGAUAACAUUCUCAUCGACUUGUACAAGAAAUGUGGAAAAGUUGAUGAGCAAAUAGCGCUUCUAAAACAUAAGCUCAAAUUGAUAUACUUAGGGGAGGCUUUCAACGGCAAGCCCACCAAAACUGCACGUUCUCAUGGGAAGAAGUUUCAGGUUUCUGUCAAACAAGAAACAUCAAGAAUUUUGGGAAACUUAGGUUGGGCAUACAUGCAGAAGUCCAACUUCCUGGCAGCAGAAGUUGUAUACCGCAAAGCUCAAAUGAUCGAUCCCGAUGCAAACAAGGCCUUAAACCUAUGCCACUGCCUCAUCAAACAAUCACGAUACGAUGAUGCAAACUUGGUUCUUCAAGAUGUGUUGCAAUACAAGCUCCCUGGUUCCCACGACUCCAAAUCAAGAAAUCGGGCCGAGGAGCUCUCGUUGGAACUCCAUAUCAAGCUGCCCAACAACCCCUCCUCGGCCCUCCCCGGCUUCGCCUUUGAAGAUGAUUUUGUGGAAGCACUCGAGCGUCUCAUGAAUGAAUGGGCGCCUCCUAGAUCCAAAAGGCUGCCAAUUUUUGAAGAGAUCUCCCAGUUUAGAGACCAGUUGGCUUGUUGAUUAAUUCUUCUAUAUAUGUUGCAUGCAAUGAUGUGUAUGAUAGCGGUUGGAGAUGGGAAUUGUGUUGAUAUCGAUGUAAACGAAUGUGUUUUUCAUUCUCAUUUUGUAAAUGUGUUUUAAUAAAAAUUGUGAAGUUCACCCCUCUUAAAUGGAAUAACAUCUUGAUUUUGGGCUA